GCUCAGUUUCAUUCAGAAGUUAAGCUUAAACGCGUCUACGUCAGUCAGUCAGUUAGUCAGUUUCUUGCUUUUCUGUCUCCCGCUCGCGUUCGUUGCUCAUUAGGCAAUUGCGAAAAUUUUUUCGAUUUUUACAAAGUUCUUGUGAAAUAUGUACGUAUGAGCUAGACACUCACACACAAACACACUCACAUACCAUACAGACACACUUAAAUACAUACUUAGUUAGUCUUUUGGCCGUGCGUUAGCGUUAUAUUUGUGUGUUGUGGUUUUUUGCGGUUUUCAGUUCCAGUUUCAAUUGAUUGCAAGCAGGAGCACAACAACCACUACAACAACAACACAGCAACGAGUGCAACAGCGACAGCUACACAACAACAAGUGCAACUGCAAUAGCUACAGCAGCAAGAAGCGAGCAGCGGGCAGCAAAAUUGUUGUUUUGAACAACUUUAGCAGCGAAUCGCUUAAACAGAAAUCAACACAGAAGCCGCAAAACAAGCAGCACACCAAAAAAAUACACACACAUCACACACACACAGCAACAAAAUGGCCUUAAUUAUGAAAUACAUCGAGAGCAUAAACAGAUAUAUGGACUCACAUAGUGAUUCAAGGACAAAGGACUGGCCCAUGAUGUCGUCACCCUUCCCCACACUGGCUGUCUGCCUCACAUACGUCUACCUGGUUAAGGUGCUUGGGCCGCGAUUAAUGGAGAAUCGAAAGCCGUUGCAUCUACAGAAUUUGCUGGUCGUCUACAAUGCGUCACAGGUUGUAUUUAGCGCGUGGCUCUUCUACGAGAUAGGAGUUUCCGGUUGGCUAACAGGACAUUAUAGCUUCCGAUGUCAGCCAGUUGACUAUAGUAAUAAUCCUAGAACGUUAAGGAUGGUUCAUGCGUGCUGGUGGUAUUACUUCUCCAAGUUCACUGAGUUCAUGGAUACGAUGUUCUUCGUGCUGCGCAAGAAGACAAGUCAGGUGACUACGCUCCAUGUCAUUCAUCACGGCUGCAUGCCCAUGUCCGUGUGGUUCGGCGUCAAGUUCACGCCAGGUGGCCACAGCACCUUCUUUGGCCUGCUCAAUACCUUUGUGCACAUUGUGAUGUACACUUACUACAUGUUCUCGGCCAUGGGUCCACAAUACCAGAAGUAUCUCUGGUGGAAGAAGUACCUGACAACGCUGCAGAUGGUCCAGUUCAUUCUGAUCAUGGUGCACGCCUUCCAAUUGCUCUUCAUCGAUUGCAAUUACCCGAAGGCCUUCGUCUGGUGGAUCGGAAUGCAUGCAGUCAUGUUCUUCUUCCUGUUCAACGAGUUCUACAAGGCAGCCUACAAAAACCGUCUCAUGAAGAAGAACGCGCAGCUGGCGAACGGACAUGCCAAACCCAAUGGCUACUGCAAGAGCAUCAAUGCCCAUGACGAUCUGUUUCUGCCACAACCGGUGGCAACAGCCACGCCCACAGCUGCCACAGCGACAACGACAGAGGCCAAGGCCAAUGGCACGCUGGCCAACGGUCAUGCGAAUGGCCUCAAGAAUGGCUACAAGCAGCUGGCCAAUGGCAACGGGAAUGUGGCCAACGGGAAUGCGGUGCACAGCAAAACGAAUGGCAUCCUGCUCAAUGGCUAUGGAAAUGGCAGCAAUGGCAACGGUUAUGCCACAAAGCUGCUCGACGAUGUGGCACAGGAGCUGACACACCGAAAGACACCCAAAUAAUAUCGGGGCAAUGCGGGUCGGCGCCAACACAGAGCUUAGAGCAGAGAGAGGAGAAAGGAGAAAAGAUCAAGAAGAGAAGAUCGAUGAUCGAGGAUCGAGGAUCGAGGAGCAGGCAUAGCUAAGCAGCGCCAGGAGCAGCAAAAAACUGUUUGUUCCACACGAGUCAUAAGCACACACACACACACACACCUUCAACUACAACUACACCACACACAUACACAUGCAUUCACACAUACAUACACACAACGAAGCAAGCAUAAACAUGCACACACAAAGAGAAGAAAUAUAUUGUUAUUGAUACGAAAAUAUUUAAUAAUAAUUAUGAUAAUGUAUGUGUGUGUGUGUGUAUGUAUGUGCAUUGCUGUUCACAUUGCAUUGCAUACCAUUAAUUAAUUAAUGAAAAAUACAUUUUUUUUGUUGCUUUUUUCUCUUUUUAACUAUUUUAGUUGUACAAAGCUUUGUAUAGAUAAAGAAAACAAAAACACAAAAAAAAACAACUUAAAAACCACAAAAAAAAACAACAAAAACAAAAGCAUAAAAACAAUUUAUUAAUUGAGCCUAAUGCUUAUUAAAAUUAAUUGUGUGUGAGCAAGGAAUUAAUCUAUGUAUUUAAGCAUAGAGUUUAAUUUAUACAGUAUAUAAUAAAAUAAUAAAUGGCAAAACAACAAAAAAAUAUACAUAAAACAAAAAAUUCACAACUAGUUGGUUCCAGCAUAAGUCACAAAAGUUUUGUAAAUGUAUAAACAUAAAAAAAAACAAAAAGCAUAAGUAAAUGGAAAACCACAGAAAUGGUCAUAAAUUGUAUGUAAUUUAAUAUUAGUCGCAAUAAUUGUUGAGGAAUUUAACACAGCAACAACAACAACUACAACAACAGUCACAAUUGUUUAAGUCAAGCAAGAAAUGACGUUUCAAUCAUAAACGACCACGAAUAUAAAGUAAAGCAAAGCAAGCAAACAAAACUCUUAAACAAAUGAAAAUCAAACAAAAAACAAAAACCUACCCACAUGUUUCAUUAAUUUAUUACAAAUAAAUUAUACCGCUAAACUGCAAAAUACAAAUACAAAUUAAUUAUAAAAUAUGCAAAUUUUGCUAUUUCAUAAUGUUACAACAAAAUGAAAUGAAAUGAGAUAUAAUGAAAUGAAAUGAGAAAGAAAAGAAAAACCCACACAAUAUUUAUAAGCUGACAAAAUGAAACUAAGAAAUCCCGAAAGAAAUCCCCGAUUACAACAGAAACCACAAAGUAGACUUUAAGUCCCACAAUUUAGGUUCCAUAGGUAAUUCAAUUGCAAUACAUUUUGUAUGCGUUGUGGUAGCCAUUUUUGUGGAUCGUGGAGCAGUAUGUAAACACUAUGUAUGUAAUUGUAAUUAUUAUUAUUAUUAUUACGAUUAUGAUUAUUAUUAUUAUAUACAGAAACAAAAAAAUACAAAAAACAAAAAUAAUGUGUAGAAAAUUAGGCGAAAAUGGAGUGGAGCAUUUUUUCAAUAAAACACUAAAAAACAACAAAAAAAAAACAACAAACACAAAGUUCGCUUAUGUAAAAA